AUGACUGAAGGGCCGUUGGACUUCUGGAUAAACUGGGCGAGCCAGAUCGGGGUUCUCUUGAGCCUCACCUUCCAGGUCAUCCUCCAUCUCUUCGCCAACGUACGGCGGCGUAAUAGCUCAGCUAUGCUGAGGGCUCCCCUCUGGCUGGCGUACCAGCUGUCGGACAUGACCGCGACAUACACUGCAGGCCAACUACUCUACAGUAGCUGCGCACCGCAAGACCACCAGCUCAUUGCCUUCUGGGCGCCAUUCCUCCUGCUGCAUCUCGGUGGCCCGGACAACAUCACUGCCUAUGCCCUGGAGGAUAGCAAGCUCUGGACGCGCCACUUGCUGACCCUUGUGGUGCAGAUUGCAGGGGCCGGAUAUGUCCUCUACAAGUACAUAGCCGGCAGCGGGAUCUUGCUCACGCUGGCUGCCAUCUUGAUAUUCGUUGUUGGUGUUGCCAAGUAUUCUGAGAGGACAUGUGCGCUCUGGUUCGCCACAUUCAGCAGCCUCCAGAGCUCUCUCAAGGUACCGGAAGGUGACCAACAUUUUUACAUUCAGCAUCAAGACUGGUACAACGACUUGGCGGACGAGCGCAUCCUGCAGCGUGCUCACUCCCUUUUUUAUAUCUGCAAGCGUGGGAUGGUUGAUUCAGUGAUCGAGCUGGAGGCCUCAGAUAGGUCAAGGAAAGUGAAUUCUGAGGAAAGGAAAAUAAUCAAGCGCCUAAGGAAAAACCGUGAGCGCAUGUGGAGGGUGAUGGAGAUGGAGCUCUCCCUUAUGUAUGAUAUCCUGUACACCAAGGCAAAUGUGAUUCACUCCUGGGUUGGCUACGGCAUCCGUAUCAUCUCGCCGCUCGCCAUCGUCGCCUCACUCGUGUUAUUCCAGUUGAGCUACAAAGAUGGUUACAGCCGAGUCGAUGUUGCCGUCACCCACACCUUGUUGGGUGGUGCCUUGGUCCUAGAGACAAAAUCGCUUCUUGGUGCACUAGGAUCGAGCUGGGCGCUCGGCUUCUUGUGUGCCACACGAUGGGAUUGGCUCCGGCAUUCAGUUCUGUGUACUGGAAGAUGGCAUCGGCUACGGCGUGCACUUAUUGCUCUUCGCCGGUCCUGGCCUGGCGAGAUGAUCAUGACAGGAAGCUCGAGGGGGUGGUCAGGCACCAUGGGGCAGCACAACAUGCUGCGGUUUCGUGCCGGACAGGUGGAUCCGGUGAGUAGAGGACUCGGCAAUCUGUUCAAGAUGCUGGGACUUCGUGAGUGGUGGGACAGGAGGUACUACUCAUGCACUAUCAUUGUCCCGGAGAACGUCAUGAAGCGUGCACAGGAGGUGAACACACGGGUCUCACGGGAGGAUAUAAACACAAUGGGCUUGCUCAGGCAUAAGUGGGGUGAAUCAGCACUAAAUAACGAACAGUACCCUCAUCUGUUCGAGGAGUUACGGGAGUGGCAUGGAAUUGACUUCCAUGAGAGCAUCAUCUCCUGGCACAUCGCCACCGACUUGAUCCUCGCAAGGGAGGAAAAGGAGAAGGGCCAUGAUGCACCUGAACCUGAUGACCGUGUGGAGAUAGUCCGGGCGCUGUCCAACUACAUGAUGUUCCUCCUGGUGAACCGCCCCUACAUGCUACCGGGCCUUCCUCAGAACUGGCUGUACAAGCAAACCUGCAACAAUCUGGACAAUAUAUGUGGAAAAAUCAACCCUGCCGAUUUUUGUGGCGACAAUCUCCGCAUUAUGCUCAAGAAAUUGUUCCGACCGCAUCAUCACUGGGACUUGAAAUCUUCUGCGCUUGAGAAAGAGCUUGCUGGCCACAUACUGAAGCUGCCGAGAGGUUCUGAACCCUUUGACCCCGAAACUCCUCGGCUCACGUAUGCUCUUGAAAUUGCUGAUGCAAUACAUAAGAGCAAGGUAGUAGCGGAUAAAGUGCGUCUGCUGCUAAACCUAUGGACCGACUUCCUAGCCUACGCAGCCAACCGGUGCAGUAGGGAGUCACAUGCCAAGAAGCUUAGCAGUGGUGGUGAGCUCACGACCAUUGUAUGGCUUAUUUUAGAACACCUCCGCCAAAUAAAAGAAGUCAAGAAACAGAAGCGGAGCCAUGUAUAA